GCACUCUGCAGUACAUGGCGCCUGAGAUCAUCGAUCAAGGACCUCGCGGGUAUGGUGCCCCAGCUGAUAUCUGGUCCCUGGGCUGCACCGUCAUUGAGAUGGCCACCAGCAGGCCCCCGUUCCAUGAGCUUGGCGAGCCGCAGGCAGCGAUGUUCAAAGUGGGGAUGUUUAAGAUCCACCCUGAGAUUCCUGAAGCCCUUUCAGCUGAAGCCAGAGCCUUCAUUUUAUCCUGUUUUGAGCCUGACCCCCACAAACGGGUCACCGCUGCUGACCUGCUCAGAGAGUGCUUCUUAAGGCAGGUGAACAAGGGCAAGAAGAACCGAAUUGCUUUCAAGCCCUCAGAGGGUGCUCGGGGUGCCCUCCUGGCCCUGCCCGCGUCUGGGGAGUCCAUGGGCAGCAGCAGCAGCAAACACGGCUCCAUGUCCCCAGACUCUGACGCCCAGCCCGAUGCGUUCUUUGAGAAAGCCCAGGUGCCCAAGCACCAGCUCAGCCACCUUCUCAGUGUUCCUGAUGAGAGCUCGGCCUCAGAAGACCAUAGCACGGCCUCAUCCCCAGAAGACAGGGACCCGGGCCUCUUCCUGCUGUGCAAGGACAGUGAGCGCCGCACCAUCCUGUACAAAAUCCUCUGGGAGGAGCAGAACCAGGUGGCUUCCAACCUGCAGGAGUGCGUGGCCCAGAGUUCAGAAGAGUUGCACCUCUCCAUUGGCCACAUCAAGCAGAUAAUUGGGAUCCUGAGGGACUUCAUCCGCUCCCCAGAGCACAGAGUGAUGGCCUCCACAAUAUCAAAGCUAAAGGUGGACCUGGACUUCGACAGCUCAUCCAUCAGUCAGAUUCACCUGGUGCUGUUUGGCUUUCAGGAUGCUGUAAAUAAAAUUUUGAGGAACCACUUAAUUAGGCCGCACUGGAUGUUCGCAAUGGACAAUAUCAUCCGCCGUGCAGUGCAGGCCGCAGUCAGCAUUCUUAUCCCAGAGCUCCAAGCCCACUUUGAGCCUGCCUCUGAGACUGAAGGGGUGGAUAAGGACACGGAUGAAGUGGAAGAGGACUAUCCCCCAGCAGACCUGGCUGGCAGAGAAGCACAUGUUGUGUCUGGAGGGAGCAGACCCGGUUCAGUAGUUGUGAAGGAGGCCCAGCCCCACCAGCAGCACCUGAGCCUCCAGCUGGCGAAGCUCAGGCAGGAGACCAACAGACUUUUGGGACACCUAGUUCAAAGAGAGAGAGAGUACCAGGAUCUUCUACGGCAAAGUCUAGAACAGAAAACUCAAGAAUUGUGUCACCUUCAGUUACAAUUCCAGUCUAAUGAUAUCACAGAGAACCCAGCACUUCCUCACGGGCAGAGAGCAGAUCAAGAGCUUAUAGACUGGUUGCAACUGCAAGGAGUGGAUGCAAACACAAUUGCAAAGAUUGUCGGAGAGGGUUACACACUUUCUCAUAUUCUUAAUGAUAUCACUAAGGAAGAUCUAAGAUACCUUCAGCUACGAUAAGAACAGCCUCAAAACAGUUUUGGUGGCCUCCUCUGUAGGCUCUGGAAGGCGGUCUCCCAGUACAGAAGACAGGCUCAGGAGUCCAAAGAUUUGGCUUAGUCACAGUUGGCUAAGCUGGGGUACAGUGAGCAAAUAUCCUACACCUUUUGUUAGAGCUUCUGUUAAUGUACCCACAGACUCUGCUGCAUUUACACCAGAAGGAUACCCUUGUCAGUUAAAGACUGUCCUUACUAAAAUGUUUUUUAAAAACUUGUUAUUUAUAAACAUAGAAUGGUAUGUAUUGUGAGAACAGUGAGCCUUAGUUUUGACAUCUCGGGGUACUAGGAAAUUCUCAGAAAUGAAUUUUAAUUUACUUCAAAAAAAAAAAAAAAUCAGUACACCCUAUAGCACUUGCUGGAAGGGUGAAACAAUGGGUGUUUUUGUUUAAAAAUGACAAAGAGGCUGGGAAAUCACUGUUCUAGGUUAUACGUAAAGUAUCAACUAACUGGCAUGGAAGUUAAAUUUGAAGAAAAAAUCAAUAUGAAUGUGCCUUGUAUUUAAUGUUUGAUGUGAAUGUAACUAUUAAGAAAAUAGCCUCAUAUUUAUAUUGAAUGUGUAAAUGGAGAAAACUAAGUUAUUUGGUCUAUGAAAUGAUUAUGAAGUAGUCUUAUUUAAAAA